AUGCAAUUAUUUUCAGCCAAAUGCGUGAUCCCAUGUCUAAACGGGGGCAAAUGUAAGGGCAUCAACAAGUGCCGGUGCCCGGCGGGUUCGGGCGGCAACCACUGCGAGGUGGGGCGGCGCUCAGGCGAGUGCGCGCGCGCCUGCCGCCACGGCGUGUGCCGCGCCGGUGCCUGCCGUUGCGAGCCCGGCUGGCGGGGCAGGUUCUGUCAUCGGACUUACGGAUCUUCAGAAGAAUCUGGCGAGUUUAAAAGGCCUCGA